AUGGGGAUUUGGAUUUUGAAUGAAAGUUUGUCAGUUCUGCUAGUUUUAUUGUGGUUGGGGAUGAACUUCUACUUGUUCAUUGACACAUUCUUCUGGUAUGAAUCUGAGGACGCCUACCUCUACACACGUGUUAUGUUGGGUUCUGCACUUGCAUGGGCAAGAGCUUCUGCUGCUUGCCUCAACUUCAACUGCUUGCUGAUCCUCCUGCCAGUCAGCAGGAAUCUCAUCUCCUUCCUACGGGGAAGUUUUUGUUGCAGAACAAUACUGAGGAGACAAUUGGAUAAAAACAUCACAUUUCACAAGAUCAUUGCUUAUGGAGUAGCUGUAAAUGCAACUAUUCACAUCAUUGCACAUUUGGUCAAUAUAGAACAAUUUCAUCUCAGCCAUUCGAAACAAGCAGGAGACUUGAGGAAGAAACUGUCUGGCAUUGGUGGGAACCCAAACGAAAGCUACCUGAACCCCAUCAGAAGCUAUGACACAAAUACAUUAGCUGAAAUCCUGAGAAGCAUAGCCGGAGUGACAGGACUCCUAAUCACUGUGUCGCUAAUUCUGAUAAUGACUUCAUCUACUGAAACCAUCAGAAGAUCCUUCUAUGAGGUGUUCUGGUAUACCCAUCACCUAUUCAUUGUUUUCUUCGCUGGCCUGGUAGUUCAUGGUAUGGGUCAUCUUAUCCGUGGUCAAACCAAUCAGAGUCUGCUGGUUCACAAUGUGAGUUACUGUAAAGAUCACUACUGGGAGUGGGAAAGAUCAGCUCAGUGUCCUCUACCCCAGUUUUCGGGUAACAGCCCUUCGGCUUGGAAGUGGGUCUUGGGCCCUGUGAUAUUGCACAUCUAUGAAAGAAUGAUUAGACUAUGGAGAUUUCAGCAAGAGGUUGUCAUUACAAAGGUGGUGACUCACGCCUCUGGGGUCUUAGAGCUUCAGCUGAAGAAGCGUGGCUUUAAAAUGGAGCCUGGGCAGUACAUCUUCCUCCAGUGCCCUGCAAUCUCCCAGCUAGAGUGGCAUCCUUUCACUCUCACUUCAGCUCCUGAAGACGACUUCUUUAGUGUGCACAUACGAGCAGUUGGGAACUGGACGGAAGCCAUUUUCAGGGCCUUUGGAGCCCACGAAGAAACAUAUAAGGAACCCUGGAAACUGCCAAGACUUGCUGUGGAUGGGCCCUUGGGAGGUGCAGUCACUGACGUCUUCCAGUAUCCCAUUAGUGUGUGCAUUGCAGCGGGAAUAGGAGUCACUCCUUUUGCUUCCAUUCUGAAAUCUAUUUGGUAUAAGAACAGUAAUCUAAACACACAACUCAGAGUGGAAAAGGUUUAUUUCUAUUGGAUUUGCCGAGAUCCAUCUGCCUUUGAGUGGUUUGCUGAUCUCCUGUGCUUGCUGGAAGCACAAAUGGCUAAGAAAGGGAAAGCCUAUUUUCUAAGCUAUCACAUAUUUCUUACCGACUGGGAUGAAAGUCAGGCUAUGCACAUUGCCUUGCAUUACGAGAAAAAGGUGGAUGUAAUUACUGGCUUGAGACAGAAAACUUUCUAUGGGAGACCAAAUUGGGACACUGAAUUCAAACAAAUAGCAGAAAAUCAUCCUGGCAACCGCAUUGGUGUGUUCUUUUGUGGAUCUAAAACUCUUUCUCGGAAUCUUCAAAAGAUGUGCAACCGGUAUUCAUCCACUGAUCCAAGAGGCAUUCAAUUUUAUUAUAACAAGGAAAGUUUCUAG